UAUCCACAAAACAACCGAGUGUGAAGCUUUCUUUUUUCUAAUUGUUGGGAUUAUCUGUAGGUCUCUGCUUCAGUGACAAAUGAACACUUCAGAUAAUAUAACAGAAUCAGAGGAGAAUUUUUGGUCCAGAACUGAGAAGUCUGUGCUCAUUCCCAUUCUCACCACUGAGAUGGUACUGGGUGUUUUGGGAAAUGGAUUGGUUUUGAUAGUCAAAGUUGUGUGUAAAGACCAUUUUCAGUGCCUUUACUGGCUGCCACUUUUCAGUCUCACGCUCUCAGAUUUCCUCUGCUCCAUCCUCAUGAUCUGUGGCUCCCUCUUAGCCGUGCUGAGUGAAGGGCAGAUUUCACCGUGGUGUGAGGUGGUGAGCCUGCUAAAGUUCACCUUCAUCACCUCUUCCAUUGGAAGCAUAGCAAUUCUCUGUGUUCAGAGAUAUAUGGGAAUUCCUUCCAAAGGCAAAAAGCUGUCUGUUCUCAUGGCGGUGGCAUGUGUAGCAUCAUGGUGCACUGGAGCUAUAUUUGGAGCAGUACCAGUAGUCUAUGACUGGAUAAAGUAUGAUCCAGCAGAAAUGCUGUGUGCAGUUUUCUGGGAAAGCAGUUACUCUGACAUGCUGGUUUACAUCCUCUGUGCCUUCUCCAUCUCCAUCUUCAUCCCAUUUCUCCUCAUACUCUUCUGCUCCAUCCUGACUUGUGCUGGCUAUGGGAAAGACAGUUCCAGUUUAAAUGUCCACAUUUUAUCUAGCCAGGGUGACCUGUCCUCUAUCACGCCACUGCUGGUGAUCUUGUAUCUGAUCUGCUAUGCUCCAUUUACUGCAUCUGAGUUGGUUCUCCUUGGAAGGCUUGAUUUGUCCCCAUCCCCUGAAUGGCUGCGAUCACUGUCAUCAGUAAUGGCGUAUCUGGACUGUGGUUUAAACCCCUUUAUCUACUGCACAAAUAAAGACUUCCGAAAAGCAGUACUCAUACUGUUCUGGAACAAAAGGAGAUCAGCUUUUCCCGAUCCAGUUCUGACCGGCAUUACGAGGCUUGAAAUAUGAAGAUUUACAAGCAAUACGAUUUUUUUUCCCUGUGCAACACAUUUUGAAAAUGCAUCUCAUCAUGAUUUUAAUAAGAAGAAAUGACACUCUGUCUCAUGGCUAGAUGUGUGCUGAGAUUUCAGUAAAGGCAGAC